GUAGUCCUUGCCCUCAGGAAAGCGACAAGGCGGAGGUAGGCAGGACGGCUUCCUUCUCCCAGAGUUCCUCUUCCCGGCCGGGCGAGACGGCGGCGGCGGCGGCAAAAUGGCACGUCAGGGCAGCCGAGGAGGCUCCGAGAGCAAGAAAAUGUAUUGGUAUUUGCCAUUCAUUUCACCUUCUGCAUCUAUGCAUCUCAUGAGCUCGGAGCUCUUCACUUUGACGUAUGGGGCUUUGGUCACUCAGCUGUGUAAGGACUACGAGAAUGAUGAAGAUGUCAACAAGCAGCUUGACAAAAUGGGCUACAACAUAGGUGUUCGACUUGUGGAAGACUUUCUAGCACGAUCCAAUGUUGGGAGAUGCCAUGACUUUCGAGAAACGGCAGAUGUAAUUGCAAAGGUAGCAUUUAAAAUGUACUUGGGUAUCACACCAAGCAUCACAAACUGGAGUCCGGCAGGCGACGAAUUCUCCCUUAUCUUGGAAAACAAUCCACUGGUGGAUUUUGUGGAAUUACCAGACAACCAUUCCUCUCUUAUUUACUCUAACCUCUUAUGUGGGGUGCUCCGGGGAGCCCUGGAAAUGGUACAGAUGGCUGUGGAUGUCAGAUUUCUCUUGGACACCUUGAAAGGGGAUGGAGUCACAGAAAUAAGGAUGAAGUUUAUCAGGCGGAUCGAAGACAAUCUCCCAGUUGGAGAGGAGUGAGUCUUGAGCAGCUUUCCUAUUGGACUGGAAGGGAUGAAGUCACUGAACCGGAGCUUCAUUCGCAUAUAGUACCUUGUGUACUUUGAGACACUGACUGGUUAAGACGUCAAUUCAUUUGAAAUAGUCUGUUUUAUUUCCACAGAUUUCUAUUAAAAGCUUUUGUAGGAUGUAGAACUCUUUUCAUAUUCAUCAGAAACACAAGGCACCCUUUCCUUGUUACCACGCUUAGCUCCAUGCAAAAAUACAGGAUAUUAAAACUCUAAUUUUGAACUGGAAUAAUUCCAGAUGCCACUUUCGUUCUGCAGUAUGUGAAGAAUUCCGGCAUUAUGUCCUCUGUUCAUGUUGGUCAGUUUUUCUUCAUGGGGAAGCCAUUCCUGAUAGCACAGAAUGCAUUCUAUGAUUUGAAAGAAUUGAGAGCUCCUAAUGGAUUUGGACUUGUCCUUUUAGUUUUGCCAUUCAACAAAACAAUUAAAAUUCAUGUUGAAUCAAGAGCUGGAUCCAUUUUGACAGUCCUGAAGGAAGUGUGUCGUUGAAACUCAACAGAAUCCCAGUUGGUUGGGCGUUUCCAAUUUCGUCUUUGUCUUCCUAGUUGGUUGGCCGAAAUAGUUUUAAUGAACCAAUGAUGUAGGGCUCAAGUUUCAAAUGUUUAUAUAAUGUUGGAAAAAUGAUAUUCACUCUGAGGGCCUCUUCUUUACCUCAUGUUUGAUUUCGGUAACUAAUUGAAGAGUUGUUCACACCAGUUUUGUUUUCUAAAAGUUUUAGGCAAAGCACGUUUCAAAAAUGUUGCAGUUGGGCAUCCAUGCUGAGAGGACAGAAAUGAUAGUAGCAUGUUUCAUGUGCAUUCAAGUUUUUCUUAAGAAAAAGGGGUCUCAAGAUUGCAGACACAAGGGUAUAAACAGCCUUGUGUGGUAGGUUGAUCAGUGCACCAAAUGCUGGAUGAUUGAAAGGAAUUUGAAGAGUAUCUUAGGAGAGCUUAACAGUGAAUAUUCACUGAGUUUGUCAUUGUGUGUAUUUUAUAAGGUUCUAAGUUUCCUAUUGAGCAGAAGAGCCAUUGUUGCAUUUCGUGGACAAAUUUGUACUAAACAGCGAAAAUCCUUUGAAUUGAGGAUCCCACGGAGAAUGUUUGCAUUAAACAUAAAAAUGCCUGCCACACUUAAAAGAGGCACAAGAGGCUUCUAGUGAUCGCUCUCUUCUUAAAGCAUAAUGGAAUCCAUUACCCCAUGCUGAUGUUGGUGAAAAGAUUGCAGUAUUCAUUCGUUAAGGAAAUUAAUUGGUGGUUGGGUGGCUUUAUGAUUUAUUUGUGUGGGUAUCAACUGAACGGUAUUUUAAAAGUUGGCAAAGGGAACCGUAAUUAUUUGAUGACUUGGUCUUGUAAAUAAUGCUCUGGGUAAUAUGCACAAUGGGAGAAGGAAAUGGCUUACCUAAUUGCAAGAAAAUGAAAACCAAACAGAUGCUUUCUCAAGACAGUGGGGCCAUUUUUAAGGGUAUCUUGGUCACAUUUUCCCAGCGCUCUUCUAUAAUUUUUCUCAGCUGCUUUGCAGAAGUGUAGAGGCAAUAUUUUUUUUGCAUCACGAAGGAUUAAAAAUUUGAGCAUACCUGUUUCGGAGUAAUUCGUUCUGACCGUAGGAGGAAUCUAGCCCUGAGAAAAUCAUUUUUGUUCCUUCUGUAAUUUUUGAUAGUUUUAAAAAAUUACGCUGAUCUAGAGCUGAUUGGUGAAUAUUGAUUAGUUAGAUGCAAUUUACACCUUUUUAUUUGUAUAUGGGGUAUGUCUUAAUGUGUUCCAUUUUUGAAGGUAUUGUUUUGAAGCUCUUACAUUAAAGACACUCUUAAAUUAA